CAGAACCGCGCGGGGGACUCUCUCUUCGGGCGCGGGGCCACGUGGAAACCCCAAACAGCGCAGGUUUUUCGGUUCUCCGACCUUGCGCAGGAAGCGUCCGAGUAGGCGGGAACGGGAGGGGGGGGGCUGAGUCGCGAAAACCCCUUUCGAGGUUGCGUGGCUUCUGCUCUGCCAGAAAGGCGCAGGAGAAAUUGCUGCGGUGGCCACCGUUACCGCCUAGCCGAGUUUGUCUCGAAGUUUUGAAGAGGUUUCGGAGAGGGAGGAGCCAAGAGACCCAGCGCCUUUCUCGCCUUCGUUCGGGUCCCAGAUUUUUGCGCGUCGAAACGAAGGUGGCGGAACGAAGGGCGAUGGACUUUCCCUCGUGAACUUUUCUGCCAGCCCGACGCUAGACGAGGACCACAAGGAAACCGAGAAAGGGGAAAAAGAAGAAUCCCGCCCUAGAGGAUGCUAACUGAAACCAAGUAAUGACAACAUGAUGUCAUAUGAGAUUCAGAUGUGGUGCUGUCAGUGGAAAAAGAAGUCACAUUUAUUUUUUCUAUUCAUACUCAGUCUUCUGUGCAUAAAGAUUUCAGCUCAAGAAUGCUCAGAGUGUCGUAUGGUGCUCUCGAAUCCCACAGGAAUUUUUACCUCUCCUUGCUUCCCCAAUAAUUAUCCCAACAAUCAAGCAUGCAAAUGGACCAUCAGGGCUCCUUCUGGAUACAUCAUCCAGAUAAUAUUUGUUGAUUUUGAUAUUGAAGAAGCUUCUGGUUGCACAUAUGAUCAUGUAACUUUGGACACUGGAGACAAAAGAGAUUCCUAUUGUGGUAUGACUGCCAAAGGUUUAUCAUUUAACUCAUCUAGGAAUGAAAUGAUUAUAUCUUUUACAAGUGACUUUAGCAUUCAGAGAAAAGGCUUCAAUGCCACUUAUACCCGAAUUGCUGUAUCUUUGAAGAAUCAAAAGGUUGCCAUUCCGCAAUUUCUAGAUUCUGAUUCUGUGUCUCUGGCAAAUUCUAUUCAAGUCCCAGAACUUAAUCAGUUCACCCUAUGCUUUGAAGCAAGAGCAAACAACAGUAAUAACUAUGAAUGGAAGGCUUUCUCCUAUGGUGAUUCCUCUGUGGAAUUCUUCAGCUUUGGAAAAACAAAACAGGGGUAUUUCAUUUUUAUCUCAGACUCAAAGUGUUUUUUAAAUGAUGCCCUUGACAUAGGUCCAAAUGAGGACAUUUUCAUAGAAACAUUUGAAGAGCUUUGCAUUGUAUGGGAUAGCUCAUUAGGCAUAGUAGGUGUAAAUGUCCAAGAGACGUAUAAAACAGUCUCUUGUUUAGAUACUUAUGGAAAAGUAAUUCCUGGUAAUGGAAAGUUGGUUCUGAGUUCUGACAAAGAAGACAUAAGCCCUCUACCUGGAGAUAUGUACAACUUCCGGCUUUGGAAUUUUACAAUGAAUUCCCAAUCACUUUUCAACCUCACCUGUGAUGAGAAAGGUAACAUUAUUGAUUGGGAAAAUGAUUUCUGGAGCAUUCCAGCAACAUUUCUAAAAGCGGAGAACAACUUGAGUUGUGGCUCAUAUCUUGUCCCCUUGCCGACAGUUGAACCAACUAGCUGUGCCACUAUAGGAAGCCUUUGUCGAGCUACUGUAAGUGCAACCACUCCAUCACCCACCAUUACCACUAACAUGCCUGAUACUAACAGAACCGAUAAAAUAACGGAUGGUAGAUUAUACUACAGAAUAGACUUUACUGUCUAUAAAAUCAAAGAAGAUACAGAGCCAAACAUUCAGAAUGUAAUUACAGAAUGGUUAAUUCAGACCAUGGGGAAUUGGAAUUACAAUGUAUGUGUGGUGGAUGUAAGUGUUGAACCAAGUUCAAUAAAAACCGCCUCAAGAGGAAAGAGAAGUAUUGAUCAAAGUUUUGAGGUCCGUGCUCUUUUAGCUUACAAUUCUACCGACAAUGUAAAUUUAGAAGAACAAACCAUUAGGAAGAAACUUGAAAACAGCAAUAUCACAGACAACUUGAAACUCCAUGACGUGAAAGUUCAUUCAAUAGAAAACUGUGAGGCUCAGGAACAGCCUCUAAAUUACUUUUGGAAAGAAACCGGGCCAGAAGAGACUGCCACCACUAACUGCUAUGACAGCUCUACCCAGAUUGCAUCACGAACAUGUUUUCUAAACCUGAAAAAUUAUACAUCUCAUUGGGGUAUUCCUGAUCUUAGAAACUGCACAGAAAAUGCUGCUGACAUAGCCAAUCAGCUACUAAAUCUUACAGGAGAAGGGCAGCAGUUGACUUCAGACAAAGUCAAUGAUGUGAUCCAGAAACUAAAAAAAAUUGUGAAUGAUGAAGAAAUUAAUGAAUCUUUGGGUUCUACUGUGAUGACAAUAUUUUCUAAUAUUUUAACUAGUUCUGAUAAUGUAUUGGCUGCAUCAUCUUCCGAAGCUAUAAAAACAAUUGAUGCCUUGGCAUUGAAGAUUCAGUUUACAGGUCCCUCCAUGAACAUUUCAACCCGAAACUUAGCACUUGGAGUUUCAUCCUUGAAUUCAUCUUUAUUCAAUGGCUUUUCCUUCAGUGUUAGUCCCCAGAACAAUGCUUCAGAUUUUCAGAUUGAUUUUCAUCAAUACCAAGAAAAUUCUCUUGCUACUGUUUCUUUGCCUCCAAGUUUGCUAAAUAAUUUAAGUCAAGAAGAUCUUGAAGCAAUAUCCAGGGCUCAAUUCACUUUUUUCAAUAAAAAUGGACUCUUCCAGGAUCCAGAGGCUCCUUCCAAUUUAACCAGUUACGUGGUAGCAUGCAGUGUGGGGAAUACUACUAUCCGUGAUCUCAAGGAGGCUGUGAAAAUUACAAUCAAGCAUACAUUCAAACAUGAUAACAUCCAGAACACUCCUAAUACUACUUGUGUUUUUUGGGAUAUGAACAAGAACAGAGGCCAAGGUGGAUGGAAUACAACUGGUUGCUAUGCACUUCCAGAGUCAAAUGAGAAUGAGACUGUCUGUCUCUGCAAUCAUCUUACACAUUUUGGUGUAUUGAUGGAUUUGCCAAGAACAGCUUCACAAAUAGAUUCUGUAAAUACCAAAGUCCUCACUUUCAUAACAUAUAUUGGUUGUGGAAUAUCGGCCAUAUUUUCUGCUGCAACUCUUCUGACAUACAUUGCUUUUGAAAAACUGCGAAGAGAUUAUCCUUCUAAAAUCCUAAUGAAUUUGAGCACAGCUUUGCUAUGCUUAAAUCUGGUCUUUCUCCUUGAUGGUUGGAUUGCAUCAUUUGACAUAGAUGGCCUCUGUGUAGCUAUUGCCGCUCUCCUGCAUUACUUUCUUCUGGCAACUUUCACCUGGAUGGCCCUUGAAGCUGUUCAUAUGUAUAUAGCUCUAGUAAAAGUGUUCAAUACUUACAUUCGACGAUACAUAUUAAAAUUUUGUGUUAUUGGUUGGGGUUUACCAGCAUUGGUGGUGAUUAUUAUUCUAGCAAGCACCCAUGCAAAUACAAAUAAUAUUUACAACAACAUUCUGGAUGACAAAAAUAAUAAGGAACAAGGUGGAGAUAACUUCUGCUGGAUUAAAAGCACGGUUGUAUUUUACGUGACUUGUGUUGGCUACUUUGGAAUCAUGUUCCUCAUGAACAUUGCCAUGUUUGUUGUGGUGAUGAUGCAAAUAUGUGGACGAAAUGGCAAACGGACCAAUAGGACUAUGCGGGAAGAGAUCCUGAGGAACCUUCGUAGUGUUAUUAGCCUGACCUUCCUCUUAGGCAUGACUUGGGGUUUUGCUUUUUUUGCCUGGGGGCCAGUAUAUCUUCCUUUUGUGUAUCUCUUCUGUAUUACCAACUCAUUGCAAGGUUUAUUUAUAUUUAUAUUCCACUGUGCAAUGAAAGAAAAUGUACAAAAGCAAUGGAGAAGGCAUCUAUGUUGUGGACGAUUCAGGCUGGCGGAUAACUCAGACUGGAGUAAAACAGCAACUAAUAUAAUAAAGAAGAGUUCAGACAAUCUGGGAAAAUCCUUAUCUUCCAGUUCUAUUGGUUCCAAUUCAACAUAUCUGACUUCAAAAUCCAAAUCCACAUCAAACACCUACCAUAAAAGGAACAGCCAUUCUGACAAUGUUUUUCUUGACAAGCCUUCAACAAAAUACAUCCAAGUGGACAUGGAACAGACGUCAAUCAUCCCAGUUCACCAAGUCAUUGACAAAGUGAAAGGUUACUACAAUACUCAGUCAGACAAUUUCUAUAGAAACAUGAUCAUGUCAGACUCCCUGAGCCACAGUACAAAAUUCUGAGUAUCUGGAUAUCUGGAAGAAGAGAAAUCAACAAACAGAAUGAAGAUUAUUAAGAUUAUUAAGUGUUGAACUUGGUGACUGGCUGAAGAUACAGACUCUGCUAAAGUGUUGUGCUUUAUCCAGUUAUAUAAGUUGUUCAGCUACCUGUAUCUUACUUGGAGAAACAGAACAUCUAAUUAAUUCUCUCCACUGACACAGUAUUGAUGCUGGUGUUCUCUCAUCAACAGUUCUCAAGCAUCUAUCAGUGACAUGUUUAUUAAUCCCAUCUAUAAUCUUGCAAAAUUAAGAAUCUUGAAAAGCCCAAAACUAAAGCUUGUAGCUUCCAAAUAUAUUUUCAAAUCAUGCUAUUAAGAUGUUACAUCAACCCAAGUGUUCUUCUCUGUGUGUGUCUGUGUGUAUAUGUAGCCUUACACAGGGAGAGCUAUCCAAUUGUGCUUGUUCACAGGUAUAAUGGAUCCCCUUGUUUCAUAUGACCAAAUCUACUCUGUAAAGAGGGAUGAUAGCCUAUUCUGCUUGUGGCAUAAGCAGAAGUCUGCUUCUGCAAUGCUGGAGAAGUCAUGGGAGAUUUUAUAGAUUUUUUUUUUCCUACGAACAAGGCAAGGGAAAGCUAUUUUUAGUGAAUUUAUAUUUUUUUGUGCCUGAUUACAGAAACCAAAAGUGUUUCAAAGAUUAUUGUACGCUUGAUCUUAACUCUUACUUGCAAACUCUGGGCCAUAUUUAUUAUUUUGUUAUUUUUUAAUGGCAGAAGUAUUAAAGCAGGGGCCUUCAAACUUGGCCCUUUUAUGACUUGUGGACUUCAACUCCCAAAGUUCCUCAGCCAGCAUGCCUGGGUGAGGAAUUCUGGGAGUUAAAGUCCACAAGCCAUAAAAGGGCCAACUUUGAAGACCCCUGUAUUAAAGUGUGCUUCUUUGAUAUUGGAAGAGCUUAACAAAGUGUUUUGUGUUAACUUGAAAGUUUGCCUAGUUAUAGACCAAAAGAAAGUGAGCAGUUGAAUAUAUCACGAUUGCUAUGCAUCUUUAUCAUGAUCAAAGAAUAGAAAUUCUGAAUCAACCCAAUAUUAUAAAUAAACUUCCAUCAGUUUUUCCUAAUUUGCUUUAUUUUCACAUCCUUAGAUAGAUAGAAUUGCAGCCUGGAACAUGGAAGUUUUCCAUUGAUUUAUGCCUUAAGAGCAGUGUUUAUUAACCUGUACAAAUCAAGAUGCUAUCAAUUCUUACACCUUUUCCCCAGAUAGUUCUUUUCCAAGAUGUGUAUUGAAAUAUACCUAAGAAGAAAUCUUUAUAAUUUCAGAUACACACAGCUGCUGAAACAAUUAAGAUACUCAUGUAAGCAUAAUGGUAAUGCCAUCUAUGCAUCCCUUCAUACAAUAUUUUGAAUUACAGAUUAUAGUAAUUAUAUACUCUGUAGCACCUCUAUUUAGAUUUACUAAAGUCAGUAUGCCUCAUCUUUAAAGGAAAGGGUGUUAUAUUCAUUGUUUACAAAUAUAAAUUCUCUUUGAAUGAAAUUAAUCAAAAAUUAUAUGCUAAUUAUAAAACUAUUUUUUCACUUGCUCAAUUCUUUAAUAACUUUCUGUGUGUGCUACUUUAUUUAAUCGCCCAGUAAUAUAUAGCAGAAUCUCCAGUAUGUCUUCUUAGAAGUAAUUCCAACUGAAUACCUGGAGGCUUACUUUAAGGAAAAUUAGUACAGAAUUACAGCUGCAAAUUUGACCACUGACAAGUCAUAGGAUUCUCUCCCUAUUUCUAUUAAAAUACUUUCUGCAUGUUUAUUUUCAAAAUACAUUUCAACUUUAUCUGUAUUAUAGCUGUUGAACAACUACAAUUUAUUAAUUUGCACCAUCAGAAUUGUCAAACUAAGUUGCUCUAUUACUAAAGUUGCUUGAGUUCAAACUAUUUAAUUUGUUUUAUAAUCCCUAAAAGGAAUUAUUUAUCACAGGUUAAGAAUUUAACUUAAUAUGAGUGAAUGAUUCCUUAUGACAUCAAAUUAUAUCAGAGUCUGAUGGGAUCAAACAGCUUUACUAAGAAUGUUUUGCUCAUAUGUGCUUUCUAAAAACUUAGUAAGUUUAUGUUUCUUAAUAGAUUUCAGAAAAUAGCUUAUGUAACAUUUAUUUUGGAUAAAAAUAUUCAAAAUGAGAAGGGAAAAUGUAUGUCUGUAUAUGGUAAUUGGAAGUAAAUAAUAUUAAAAUGGUAAAUAGGGCUUUAAUUAGGAAAAUUGUAAUAGUUUUGUUUUCCCUUAAGAUGUUUUUUUCUGACCAGAUUAAUGUGAAAUAUGCCUAUAUUUUUGCCAAAUAAGAAUAUUCUUUGCAUUUACUACCAUGUAGUAAUCCUUAAAAAAUUAUUUCAGAUAGUUUUUCCAGUGCUCUUCUUUUAUCAUAUCAUCUUUCUGUAUAAAUAUUUGAUUUUCUUAUCAGCAAAAUUUAACUUCCUUUGUAUAUAUUUAUUUAUUUCUGAGGUUCAAAAUAUGCAAGCAUAUUUUAGCUGCACACUAGCAGUAUUUGUAAUUAUAUGCAAACCUUAAGUGAUAGGGAGAUGUGUGUGUGUGUGUGUGUGUGUGUGUGUGAAUAUUGCAUGUUGGAUUUGCUAUGUGUAUAGUUUAUUGGGUAAACUUUUGUUUAUGACGGAAAUGCCGAUAUAAUUUCAAACAUUAGUUUUUAGGGACUAGUGAUACAAUUUAUAGAAACAUUGUAACAUCAAUAGUCUAAGUCAUUAAAAAAAUGUAAAUUGUAA